GUAACCAAUCAGUACUCUUGAUUUUCCGACCAAAAUCAAACAUCUGCAAGCAAUGCUCCAUAGAAGACAAACAAAAACCCUAAUAGUCAAACAUCUAAAUAUUCAAACUAAAACCCUAAUCACACAACCCAAAUCAUCAAGCCCAAAACUGGCCACAUUUCUGCUAGUUGCAUCCAUUGUAAAAUCACUUUCACAACCAGGUGGCACUCAAAACCUCAACACUAAAACCCAUGACCCAUCUUCAUUUACACUCUCAGACCCACUUAUUCUUGAAAUCUUGCAAAGACCAUCACUUGAUGUGCACAAAAAACUUGAUUUUUUCAAGUGGUGUUCUCUCAGGCAUUUCUACAAACACUCGGCGUGCACUUAUUCCCAAAUGCUCAAACUUCUUUCUGUAAACCCUGUUAUUUAUAAAGUUGACAUUUUUAUGAUUCUUGGUGACAUGAACCGAUAUGGGAUUGGUUUAGAUUCCAAAACUUUUAAGGUUUUACUUGAUUCUUUUAUAAAGUUUGGAAAUUUUGACUCUGCACUUGAAAUCUUGGAUCUUGUUGAGAAUAUUUUGAAUGGGCUGGACCCUGAUGUUUAUAACUCGGUUGUUGUCGCGCUUAUUCGUAGUGAUCAUUUGAGUAUGGCCGUGUUAACGUUGUUUAAGUUGUUGGAUUCGGGUAAGGAUGGAAAUGAGAGUGAAAGUUUUGUUGAUUAUAGUGUUUGUAAUGAGUUGCUUGUUGCAUUAAGAAAGGCGGGUAUGAAAAACGAGUUUAGAAGUGUAUUUGAUAAGUUGAGGGAAAGGAAAAAGAAGGGUCGUUUAACUAUGAAUCUAUUGGGUUAUAAUGUGUGCAUACAUGGGUUUGGUAAAUGGGGAGAUAUGGAAACGGCGUUGGAUUUGUAUAAAGAGAUGAAGGAAAAUAGUGUGAAUUUUGGAGAUUUUAUGGCGCCGGAUUUGUGUACUUAUAAUAGUUUGAUUCAAGGUCUUUGUUUUAACGGGAAGGUGAAUGAUGCGCUUAUAGUUUGGGAGGAGUUGAAAAGCUCGGGGCAUGAGCCGGAUCCUUUUACUUAUCGGAUAAUUAUACAAGGGUGUUGUAAAUGUUAUAGGAUGAAUGAUGGUGUGAAGAUCUUUGGUGAAAUGCAGCAUAAUGGGUUUCAGCCGGAUACUAUUGUUUAUAAUUCUAUGUUGGAUGGGUUUUUGAAAUCAAGAAAACUUAUGGAAGCAUGUGAGUUGUUUGAGAAAAUGGUUGAUGAUGGUGUGAGGGCUUCUUGUUGUACAUAUAAUAUAUUGAUUAAUGGGUUGUUUAUCAAUAGGCGAGCUCAAGCUGCAUAUGCGUUGUUUGGUGAUUUGAAGAAGAAAGGUCAGUUUGUGGACGCGAUCACUUAUACGAUUGUUGUAUUUCAUAUAUGUAGAGAGGGAAUGGUUGAAGAAGCUCUGGAAUUGUUGGAGGAAAUGGAGGCUAGAGGCUUUGUUGUUGAUUUAGUUACAAUAACUCAUCUUUUGGUAGCUAUUAACAAAGAAAGCGGUAGGGAUUUGACACAUAGAAUAUUGAAGCGUAUCAAAAAUAGUAAUAUAAUGCCAAGUGUUCUUGAAUGGAAAGCUAAUAUGGAAGCAUUACUAAAAGAUCCGCAGAGCAGAGAAAAAGAUUUCACCCCUAUGUUUCCAGUGAAAGGCGAUUUUAAUGAAAUUUUGUCUUUAAUAGCUUCACCUGAAUCAAGUCCUUAUAGCAAAGAAACCGUUGACCCUUGGUCAUCUUCACCGUACAUGGAUCACUUGGCUAAUGAGGCAAAAUCACACCGUCAGCUACUGAAAUCAUCUAGAGGGAAGCGUGUUUAUGAAAAAGGUGUGGAUUCGUUUGAUAUCGAUAUGAUGAAUACCUACCUGUCUAUAUAUCUAACAAAAGGAAAGCUAAGUUUAGCUUGCAAGCUAUUUGAGAUUUUUAGUGAUUUGGGUGUUGAUCCUGUGAAUUACACUUAUAAUUCACUGAUAAGUUCGUUGGUGAAAAGAGGGUAUAUGAAUGAGGCUUAUGGAGUGCUUUCUGAAAUGGGGGAGAAGGGUAAUGCUGCUGACGUGGCAACCUACAAUGUUAUAUUUCAAGCAUUGGGGAAGAUGGGGCGGGCCGAUCUAGUUGGCGCUGUUUUAAGGAAACUCACAGAGGAAGGUUUUCUUGAUUUGGUCAUGUAUAAUACUCUGGUUAAUGUACUGGGGAAGGGUGGAUGGUUUGAAGAGGCAUAUAAGGUUUAUGAGCAGAUGAAGAAAAGUGGAAUAAACCCUGAUGUUGUGACUUAUAAUACACUUAUUGAAGUUAAUAGCAAAGCAGGUAGACUCAAGGAAGCUCAUCGGUUCUUGAAGAUGAUGGUGGAUGCAGGCUGUGCUCCCAAUCAUGUCACUGAUACGACUCUGGAAUUCUUGGAGGAAGAAAUUAGAAAAAGGAAACAGACACAAAAAUAGAAACAAAGAUGAGUCCUUGUAGUUAUUAGAAUUUGAGAUAUGUUGUGGUUUCUUCAGGUGUCUGAUGUAUUUUGAGUGUUAGAUUGUUAUAGAAUAUUUGCGUUUGUCCAAAUAUAUAAGGAGGCCUGUGGUUGAUUGUUUGGUCUGACAAGCUUCUUAUUAA